CGGCAAACUGAAUGCUUUAAUGCAUGCUGAGCGUUUGGUCGGAGCGCAUCCGACGACAAAGAGAAACGAUUUUUUACUUUUAUAUCAAUCAAGCUGGCAACAAUAAAAGGAUAAAAUUUCAAAAGAAAAGGUUGUGAUACGACUGAUUUCAUAAAAAGUUCAAGAAAGAAGAUGAUGACUCGAUUCACGGAUCUACGUAUGAUUUUCUUCUUACUUCUAACCGUUCAAUUGGAAAAAUUCUUUCUUCGAAAACAAGGAAUUUUGUUCAGUGAAGCCAGAAUGGAAGAGCAAUUUGAAAAAUGCUGUGGACUUGGUACUUCAUGGGCUUUGGAAGGGCUCAGGUGUGAAAAGUUCACAGGUCCAGUGUCUGGAGUGCCGACAGUCGAACAAGGACUUUGUUUAGAGGCUGUGGACAUCUGUUGCGUGAGAGCGUAUCACGAACAACAAUGCAAGAAAGGGAAAUUGGACGCACAUGCUGGUUUAGCGUGUGUUUCCGGCAGUAAAAGUAAACGUUUGGGACCGGGUGAUUAUCAUCGUGACUGUUGCGAAGCGUGUAAAUUAGGAAUUUUAACUGGAUCUAUGGGACAAGGAUGUGCUUUUAAAAAAUUCACCUUUGGCAAUCCAUGGGAUCCUGCAUUUUUAGAAUGUUGUUACGAAGCAUCACCAAGUACGACAACAACUUUUACUACAAAUCUUACAAAUACAACAUUCUCCAGCGAGACUACUAAUAGCGAAUCAACUUCAAUAUCAUCACCUUCUUCUUUUUCUUCUUCUUCAUUAUCUACUCAAACUACAUUAGCUUCAUCAACAUCCUUUUCUCCAUCGAUACCUACACCUCCCUUAGAUGACAUCUGCCAACUUAUGAAGGGAUUAUUAUGUUCUGAUAUUUGUGUUCCUACACCAGGAUCUUAUUAUUGUAAAUGUCGUGAAGGUUUUACUCUAUUAGAAGAUGGAAAGACUUGUAGACAAGAUCUACCAAUUGAUAGAUGUAAAUCUAGUAAUCCGUGUGAGCAACGUUGUACGGAUAAUGGAGUUGCAGUUACAUGCAGUUGUAAUCCUGGUUACGUAUUAGCGGAUGAUAAACAUUCUUGUUUACCGAAACCAUCGGAAACUAAAACUACUACUAUUCCGGAGGACAACGACUUUUCACUUCUUUGUCCAGCUGGUUAUCGUUACAAUGCUACUAAUCAAGUUUGCGAUGACGUGAACGAGUGUAUAGAAAGAAGAAUAUGUCCUGGUUAUUGUGAGAACACUAUAGGAUCUUAUAUAUGCACAUCAAAAAGUAGACUCAAAAUUGAUUCUUACGAAGAUUGUCCUCCUGGAUACCAAUGGGAAUCUACCACUGGCCUUUGUUCAGAUAUCGAUGAAUGUUUAAUAUUAUCUAAACCAUGUCCUGGAAUCAAAAAUGUUUGCGUUAACACACAAGGUAGUUUUAGCUGUUUAGAGAUAAAAGGAAUAAAAUCGUGUCCAGCUGGAUUUAAGUUCAAUAACUUUUCACAGCAAUGCGAAGAUGUCGAUGAAUGCGCAGAAAAAAUUCAUAGUUGUCUAGAAGACACGGAGAAAUGUCGUAAUACCGAAGGUGCUUACGAGUGUGAUAUAAAAUGUGACAAAGGGUUUAUCUAUAGUGUUAAUUUGGGUAUCUGUAUAGACGUGGAUGAAUGCCUUGGGUCCAAUAAUCCUUGUCUUGAUCCGAAUACCACUUGUAAAAAUGUACUAGGUGGUUACGAAUGCUUAUCUUUAAAUCGUUCUAUUGUUUCAAUUGAUGAACAAACGGAACCAUCAAUUUGUUCUGCGGGAUAUAAACCCAUGAAUGAUUCUAACGAUGCAUGUAUCGAUGUGGAUGAGUGUAAAGAACAACUGCAUUCGUGUGAAAUAAACGAACAAUGUGUAAAUGACAUAGGUAGUUAUAGAUGUGAACCAUUAAAUCAUGAAGUUACCAAUUUAAAUUGGAAGGAUAAAGAUCGUCAUAAUUAUUCAUAUGAACGUAAGGGACACAAAUCGCAUAUACAACGAUAUGACAUUAAUGGAUAUAAGUCACAAAUUUCUAUUUCUCCAGCCUUUAAUCAAACAAUGAUUUGUAACGAAGGAUUCGUUUUUGAUCAACGCACUUUAAAUUGCAUUGAUAUCGAUGAAUGUAGCAACGGUUUGGUAAAUUGUAAAAUUGACGAAAAAUGUAUAAAUUUCAAUGGUGGAUAUAAAUGUUCUCCUAUAUGUCCAUCUGGUUUUCAAUAUAAUGAUACUUAUUACUCGAGCAGAAACGGACCGUCUUGUCGAGAUAUAAACGAGUGCGCACUUGGAUUACAUUCUUGUAACGUAUCAACUCAUUAUUGUGUCAAUACGAACGGUUCGUAUUCCUGUAAAGAAUUUGCGACAACGACAAGUUCACCAAGAAUUAGCAAACAAUUAAAUAGUAAAAAGGAAUAUAUAAUGCAGAAUACCAAUCGUUAUUUAUUCUUGGAGCCAUGUAGAAAGGGAUAUAUCAGAGAUGUAAAGAGUGGAGAAUGCAUGGAUAUCGACGAAUGUGCGUCGAUUAGAGCUUGUCAAGAGCACGAAGUGUGUCACAACGUGCCAGGUGAUUUUGAGUGUAGACCACUUUGCACUACUGGCUGGUACUUUAAUACAGUGACAAAAGGAUGCCAAGACGUCGACGAAUGUCUUUUAGGCAGACACGAUUGUCCAGAAAAUACUCAUAAAUGCGUCAAUACAAAUGGUUCCUUUUUUUGCGAAUUGAUACCGCCUUGCAGCAGCGGUUACAAGCGAUCUCUUUUCAAUGGUAGUUGCGUGGAUAUCGAUGAAUGCGAGGAAAAUUUGCAUUCUUGUCGAUUAGAACUGCAUCAAUAUUGUGUUAAUAGAAAUGGCACUUUCGAAUGUUUAACCAGAUUACCUUCUUGUCCAACUGGUUACGAAUAUUCUUUAGCAACUAGAAGAUGCGAGGAUAUUGAUGAAUGUGUUACUGAUCAAUACACAUGUGAUCCUAGACUUUUUGAAAAAUGUAUCAAUUUACCUGGGACUUAUAGAUGUGAAAGACCUGCAUCGAUUAGACAACAUCAACGUCAAAAACCUGCUUGUCCUUCCGGUUAUAGAUAUCAUCCUCGACUAAAAAAGUGCACAGACAUCGACGAAUGCGCGGAAGGUUUGGACUCUUGUGAAGGAGAGGUCUGUUAUAAUCAGCCGGGAGGUUAUAGCUGCGCCAAACUUCCAAAACCAAGAACCAGGAAGCCACCCACGACAGCUUUACCGCUACCAACGAAUAAGAAAUGUAUUCCUGGAACGAAAUUGGUUAACAAUCGCUGCGUCGACAUCGAUGAAUGUCGCGAAAUAGAGGAUGCAUGCAGUAGUAACGAGGAGUGCAUCAACACCGUAGGGAGCUAUACGUGCGAGUGCAAAGUUGGUUUUCAACGUGAGAAUUUGACUCAAGCUUGCGUGGAUAUUAACGAGUGUCAAACACAGACAGAUAGCUGUACGCAGGGACAGAGAUGCGACAAUACCAUAGGCAGUUAUACCUGUACACGUUACCUAUCGUGCGGCACGGGAUACACUCUAAAUGCCGCCACCGAGAUUUGCGAAGACGACGACGAGUGUCUCCUUGGGACGCACGAUUGCGGAAAGGGUUAUCACUGCAGGAAUACGCUUGGCUCUUAUCGAUGCGAUCGUAAUCCACGUGUGCCGUUUUUGGAAUCUCGGUUCGAUGUCGCGACAACCACGACUACCAAAUCGACACCAGUUGCUCCUACUACUUCGUCGUCAUCUCAGGAACAGAUUAAUUGCCAGCGUGGAUUUGAGUCUGUUCCUGGAGACAAAUGCGCGGACAUAGACGAAUGUGAAAAGAAUCCUAACAUUUGUGGCAGAACAAUGAGGUGUUUGAAUACUCUUGGAUCCUACAGAUGCGUGUCUAAAGUAUUGUGCAGCAAUGGAUAUACUUUGGAUCCGGUAUUAGGAAGAUAUUGCAUCGAUAUAGACGAGUGUGCGAAUGGCACCCACGAAUGCACCGCCGAUCAAACUUGCGAGAAUAGAAUAGGUGGUUACGUUUGCUCGUGUCCAUCUGGACACGUCGUUGGACCGAAUAAAGAUUGCAUCGAUAUCGACGAAUGUAGCCUUUAUGGCAACAUAUGCGGAUCGAACAGUCGAUGCGAGAAUACCGUUGGUUCUUUCAAAUGUAACUGCGAAAAUGGUUUCGAACAUGUUAAUAGUUUCGCUGGUAAUAGUUGUCAGGAUAUCGAUGAGUGUGCGCGAACACCUGGUUUGUGCCAACAUACCUGUUUCAACACGUGGGGGAGUUACAAGUGUAUCUGUAAAUCUGGAUUCAAAUUGAAUCCCGACAAUCGUUCUUGUACAGACAUCGACGAAUGUACAGAGUUUAAAGAUAACUUAUGCGUAGGGAUUUGUGAAAAUACACCAGGCAGUUACGCUUGCAAAUGUCCAGAUGGUUACAAGCUUGGACAUAAUGGCCGUACUUGCGAAGAUAUCGAUGAAUGUCAAGCUGGACAUAUCUGUAGAGAAGCAGAUGAAAUUUGUCACAACGUCAGAGGUAGUUAUCGUUGCAAUAAAAUAAAGUGUCCCAACGGAUAUCACCGUGAUCAUGAAAGAAAAAACCGAUGCGUGAGAUCAUGGCCGUGUCAUAUCAACGAUCAUGCUUGCAUUAGACAACCAUCGCAUUACUCGUACAAUUUCAUCACUCUUGUGAGCAUGUUGCCGGUUAUGCCAAACAGACCGGAAGAACUGUUUAAAAUGAAAGGAUAUCACCUGCCAGGCUCUGCGAUACAAUUCAGUAUGGCGUUUUUGGAAGCGCGUGCGCCACCUGGAAUACAACGAGCCACAGAAUCGUGUUUCGCGUUGAGAAAGCCCGAACCCACACAAGCUGUUUUAGUAAUGACGCAAAGUAUUCAAGGUCCUCAAGAAAUCGAGCUCGAUUUAAACAUGGAGGUUUAUCAUAACGCGCAUUUCGCCGGAAGCGCAAUAGCAAAAAUUUUGAUUUUUGUUUCUCAAUACGAAUUUUGAUAAAUUCUUGUGAAACACGAAUGGAGAAAUAUUUAAGAAAAAUAUUUGAAUCGAUAUUUGUCCUUUAUAUUAAAUUUUUAAUAUAAAUUUUAAUUUUGCGAGUGUUUUAUUUUAAUUAUUCUGUAAAAUAAUCUUUUAUUGUUUAUUCACAAUAAUAUUAAUCAGAAUAUUUUGAUUCUGAAAAAGAAUCUUUAAUCGAUCUUUUGUUUUAUUUUUAAUAUUAGUUUUUCGAAAUUAUAUUUGUUUAAAUUUAACUUUAAAUAACUUAUAAAUAUUAUUUAAUUACUAAAUUACUAAAUUUUAUAUCGCAAAAUCAAAUGUUUCGUAAUCAAAAAACAACAAAAAAUAGUUAUGUAAUAUAACAGAACAUUAUUGGGAAUAACUUUAAAUAAUUGGACAAGAAAAACGAAAUUUAUCAAUAUGCUAUGAAAUGAUUGAAAAUUAAAAUAUGCAUGUUUACUUUUAUUUAUGUAUUGUAAAAAAUAAAUUAAUCGUUUUUAAAUAUGUGUUCCAGAAUGCAAAUAUAUUCUAAAUUAAACAUUCAUUCUCUAUUCAGAUAAUCAUUUAUUUGAAUAAUCAACGUUCUGCAAAAUAUAACUAUAAAUAUUCUGAUCCACAUCGUUUAAAUGUACAAAGAGAAGCGUUAGAAAUAGCUGUAAAAAAGUAAAACGAAUCAUGAUAGAGCAACAAUUUUACUUUAUAUUUUGGGUAAAUAAGUCGAUUUGUAUGUACAUAGAAUAUAUUUGAAUUUGUACACGUGAGAAGAUGAAAUAAAAUCACAUAAAUCGUUUUAAAUCAAACUUUCGUUUAUCUCUAUUUUGUAAAUGUGUACCUUAUCAAAAUCGACACGCUUCAAUAACGAAACGUUUGAUUUCGUUGUAUCUAAUGAUAAAUCUAUUGCCGACAAUCAUAAUUUAUGUACAUGUUACAGCACUUUUUAAGAAAAAUCUAUCAUAUUCGAUAUAUCUAGCUGUCAAAAAUGACGAUAUUUCUAAUAUUUCCACACAUCUAUCAUGUAAUAUAAAUGAUUGCACACUUUCGCACAAAAGUCAUAGGAAAUCGUACUAUAUUAAUUUACAUAUUUUUUGUACAACGAAGAAAAUAUAAGAUGUAGAUCAAAAGUGAUCUCGCUUGCUUAUUUUUCACUAUUAAUUUGAGGAUUAAUAACUUUGAUGAAAAAGCAAUAAUUAAGGAAAUCGUUUAUAAUAAAAACUGUUAAAAUAUUUAUUAGAAAUAAAAGUUCCAUUCCAAGACUUUUGAGUGAAAGCCACGUAUAUUAUUAUUGAUUUUAUAAAUUCGGUAUAUAUACAUACGAUAUGUAAAUAUAUUUGUAUCUUUUUUGUUGCGUAUCUAAAUAUUUCUUCCCUUUAUAAGAUGCAUAACUUAAUUUAUUUUGAGAUCUUCAGCAUUACGUGACCAGUUGCACGAAACAACCGCAGCGUGAUAUGAAAUAUCAAUAAAAAAAUAAAAUAGAGUUAACAGAAUGUAAUUCGUGUCGAAGCAAUGAUACAUUAUUUAUAUGGAUAUGCAAAUAAUCAUUAAUAAUAGUUGUAUUAAUAAUUAUGAUUGAGUAUUUUUUAUAAAAAUAAAGAUAAUAAUGAUAAUAAUAAUGAUUUAUUUGGAAGCUCGAAAUCUCAAAGUAUUUCGCAACUCUAGAUAAGUCUUCUUUCUUUUUAUUAUUUUCAAAACUCUCGAAAUUUGGUUAAAAAAUAAUAUAAUUUGUACGAUUAAUAUUAAAUCAUCGAGAAAAAAUAAAAUAUUGCUAGUUUAUAAAUUGAUAAAUUUAAUAACUUUAAAAAUUAGAAGUUGUAAGAUUUUACUACUCGAUGAAAUAGAAUACCUUUAAGAACGAAAGAAGAACGAUAUUCUUGAUUUCGAGAAUUUUGAGAUUUCUAAGAAUCCAAAACUCAGAUUUCGAUCCAUCAAUAAUUUUAAACACUUAACAAUACGUUAUAAAUUAUUAAAUGAAACGAAUAAUUAAAAAAUAAUUUAAAACGGUUGGAAGCUGGAUAUUAUAGGCUCGUGAAAUAUUAAAAUUCAGAAUAAUGCACAAUUAUUUCUUCUUGAAGCAAUUUAAUCGAACAACAGAGUUUUAAAAAGUAUAUAAUACGUAUAUAAUUAAAAUUGUAUGUAUAAUCGAAGCAAAAAUUAUUCUAUAAAUACAGAUCCACAGGAUCUGAUCCAAGUCAGAGAUCGAAAUCAAAAGUCCUUGUAAAUAUGAACGACACAUUUACAAUUUGCUUAUACAUAUCUAUACGUAUGCGUAUUCGAUUUACAGCGUGUGGUAACGAUUCGAUCGAAGACUCAUAAAAUUUAUUACUUUUAAA